AAAUGAGUGCUUAGACUCUGAUGAGCGGAAAAGGUUCUGACGUCGGACCUCUACCCACCCCUGAAAGAGCAGUGUACGGAUUCGUACUCUUUGUGCUCACUAUCGUCGCAUUCAUCCUCUACUGUCUCUGGGCAUUUGUUCCUCUGGAGAUACUGGACUCUUUGGGUCUAUCUUACUGGCCUGCCAAACAUUGGGCGCUCACUGGACCCUUGACGAUACUAAUUUCCUCAUUUUUUGCUGUUUAUGUAAUUUACCCGAUUAUAUGCAUCAGGCAAUGUGCAAAUAAAGAUAACGAGGAAUCUCUUUACACGGAUGGCUUUGCUGUCAGACACAAAGAUUUGAACUCAGAUGAACUUGAACUUAAUCCCGUCUACGACUAUGAAAUUUCUCAGAACCCAGGCAUGAAAAAGAACCAAUCGAUACCGCAGCAGACACAGAAUCAUUUUAAACGGAAGGGUAGUGAGUUCCAUGGCAUCUACCACGAGAAACAGUCAAAAGAGCUAUGUGCUCUUCAUGCUCUCAACAACCUCUUCCAGUGCAGCUCCUUCGCGAAGCCAGAACUAGACCAAAUAUGCCAGAGGCUCGCUAAUCAGGAAUCAGUGUCUGCGUCUAGUGGUCCCCUGACAGUAAACCCUCACAAGAGUGUGUUGGGCACGGGGAAUUAUGACGUGAAUGUGCUCAUGACAGCCCUGAAUAAGAGAGACAUGGAGGCAGUGUGGUGGGACAAACGCAAGUCGCUCAACUCCAUAAACUACUCAAAAGUGUAUGGCUUUAUCCUCAACGUAGACUCAUGGAUGUCAUGGGGUGUAGUGACCAUCCCCAUCAAGAGAAAACACUGGAUAGCAGUCAGACAAAUCAACGGCAUGUUUGUAAACCUAGACUCCAAGCUGAAACAGCCCGAAGUUAUCGGCCAGACAGACGGCUCUGUGAGGACAUUUUUAGCCGGACAGCUGGACUCAAAGCAGGCCGAGAUGCUUUUGGUAGUCGACAAAACGACAUAUGACAAAAGAGAGUGGGAACUCCAAGAUUGAUCUUGAACUUUCCCCAGUUUAAAUGACACCAGAAAAGAACUAUCUAUAGAAGUAACAAACAUGCAAUAAAAAGUCGGAUAAAGAGGAGUGACAAAACAAAUCAGAUCGACGAAAUGUUCCUGGCAAACCAUAUCAUUGUCCUAGAAAGUAGUCUCGCAAAUACUUUCAAGAUUUAUGUUGUCUUUGUUGCUCUGAGCUCCUUUUUGUACACUGAAAACUAAAUUGAUUCACUACACACAGAUGCAUAUGUUGAAGAUAUCGAGGAACGGAACCAGUCUACAUUACAUCAUAAUUAUUUCACCCUUUUCAAAAGUUAAAUCUUGGUUAAGUUCUGAUGUAGUUUAAAUUAUUAUGCAGUUAGCUUUGACACUUAAUUUAGAUAUUAUUUUGCUAUAA